GGAGGAGGAGGAGGAGGGGAGUCCUGCCUCUGUGAGUGUGUGUUUGUGGCAAAGCGCUGAGAAGCAUCGGAUGCGCGCACACCACACUCAGUGCCAAAGUGGAGCAGCUAGACUUUUCUCUCCCCCUCUCUCUCUCGCGCUCUCUCUCUCUCUUCCUCCCCCUCCAUCUCCCCCUUUCCUCCCCCACCCCCUCUUCACCCCCUCCCUCCCUCCGCUUUGGCUUUCCUUCUUCUCCAGCUCUCUCUCCGGCUUGCACCUGUUUGAGUCGCUUUUGAAUCCGGCUCACCUCCAGCUCCAGCGUUUCCAGCCAUUGAAGGCGAGAAAGUUUUCCAGUCUUCUUUUUUUGUUUCGCUUUGGAGGGAGCGGACAUUUUGGAGGGGGACUCCUUCCCCUUUGAACCCACCCACCCAGCCCAUCACGAGCUCCUCGGUCCUUCCUUUCCUCCUCGCCGUCGCUUGAGCCUCGCCGUCUCCUUUCCAGACCAGGUCGUCGUCGUCCUCCUCGUCGCCCUCGCGGGCUCUUUCUCCUGAUCGCCUCCGCUCUAUGUUUUGACACCCAGCAGCCAUGUAUAGCAUGAUGAUGGAGACGGACUUGCACUCGCCCGGCGGAGCCCAAGUGGCGACCAGUUUGUCGGGCCAAGCCGGAGCCGGUGGAGGAGGAGGCGGCGGCGGAGGAGGAGGCGGCGGCGGCGGCCCCAAAGCCAACCAAGACCGGGUCAAGCGCCCCAUGAACGCCUUCAUGGUGUGGUCGCGGGGCCAGCGUCGGAAGAUGGCGCAGGAGAACCCCAAGAUGCACAACUCGGAGAUCUCCAAGCGGCUGGGCGCGGAGUGGAAGGUCAUGUCCGAGGCGGAGAAGCGGCCCUUCAUCGACGAGGCCAAGCGCCUGCGGGCGCUGCACAUGAAGGAGCACCCGGAUUAUAAAUACCGGCCGCGGAGGAAGACCAAGACCCUGCUGAAGAAGGACAAGUACUCGCUGGCUGGGGGGCUGCUGGGCGCGGGCGGGCCCGGAGGCGGCGGAGGAGGCGUCGGAGGGGGCCCUCCCGUGGGCCUGGGCGUGGGCCUCAGCCCCGGCGGAGUGGGGCAGCGCUUAGAGAGCCCCGGCGGCGGCGGCGGAGGAGGAGGCGGAGGCUACCCGCACAUGAACGGCUGGGCCAACGGCGCCUACCCGGGCUCGGUGGCCGUUGCGGCGAUGAUGCAGGAGGCGCAGCUCGCCUACAGCCAGCACCCGGGCGCCGGGGGAGGCGGAGGAGGCGGCGGCGGCGGCGGGCACCCGCACUCACACCAUCCGCACCACCCGCACAAUCCGCAGCCCAUGCACCGCUACGACAUGGGCACCCUCCAGUACAGCCCGCUGCCCAGCUCGCAGGGCUACAUGAGCGCCUCGCCCGCCGCCUACGGGGGCCUCUCCUACGGGGCCCAGGGACACCAGAACUCGGCGGUGGCGGCGGCGGCGGCGGCUGCGGCGGCGGCAGCCUCUUCCGGGGCCCUGGGCGCCUUGGGCUCUCUAGUCAAGGCCGAGCCCAGCGUCAGCCCGCCCGCCGGAGCCGCCCACGCGCGGGCCCCUUGCCCCGGGGACCUGCGGGAGAUGAUCAGUAUGUACUUGCCCGGAGGCGGAGGAGGAGGGGAAGGUGGGGACCCCGCGGUGGUGGCUGCGGCGGCGGCAGCGGCGGCGCAGAGCCGCCUCCACUCGUUGCCCCAACACUACCAGGGCGCCAGCACGGGGGUCAACGGCACCGUGCCCUUGACGCACAUCUAAGGGCGGCGGACUCGCGGACGGGCCCACGCGCGUCCCCACACCCACGCGUGCCUCCAAACCCACGCGUGGCGCCGUCCCCAGCCUUCGCCAUGCUCUUGGCGCGCCUCUGUGGCCGGCCGACCUAGAGAUGGACUGAUGGGACCCUUCCACGCGUGUCUCCAAACACACGCGUGUCGCCGUCCCCAGCCCUCGUGGUGUUUUUGGCGCGCCUCUGUGGCCGGCCGACCUAUAGAUUGACCGAGGGGACCCUCCCACGCGUGUCCGCAGACCCCACGCGUUUCCCCGUCUCCAGCUUUCGCCGUGUUCUUGGCGCGCUCCUGAGGCCGGCCGACCUAUAGAUGAACCGACGGGACCCUCCCUCGCCGUCCCCAGCCUCACGCGCCCAUCGACCCACGGACCACGCGAGAGACGCUGAGGGGAUGGAAAAGACGGACGGACGCUCUCUCUCUCUCCGUGGGCCCCCCACCCACUCACACACUCCCACUCGUGUCCCUCCACCGCCCUCUCCCUUGUUUCCCUUUCCUUUUGUACAGAAUCCCGGAGCACCACAAAGAGAGAAAUGUUUUGAUGGCGUUGUAAUAAUAAUAAUAAUAUUAAUAAUAAUAACUAUGAUUAUAACAAAUAUUCAUAUUGCUGAGGGUAAUGACAAGAGAAAGUAACCCAGUGCUGUAAUGCUUGCACACAAAUAGACUGUCCUCCAGUCCUCCUUCCUCUAUCCCUAAAGAAGUAGUUUCUGGAACUAGAAGGGGGAUUAUUCUCAUGCGAAUAAUUCCUUUUCCCUUCCGUUGUCGCCGUUUUUCAGGCACCUGUGUUUCAACGGAGGGUUUGGGGAGGAUUUUGUACAGUAUUUAUCAUUCACUCAGAAGCCAGGUUGGUUUGUUUUUUAAUUUGAUAAAGGAAUGGGGUGGGGAGGAUACAAAAGAAGGAGGAAAGAGGAAGAAAUAGGACAAGAAUUAAUAAUGAUUCCGAGGUUUAGGCGAUGCCAACUUUUCUGCCACCUGGGGAGCGUUAACUGCUCACCCUUCGGACCAUUUCUUGUGAAGACUUUUUAUUGCCUAAUUGAAGUAAAGCUAGUGCAACCGUUUAUUUCACAAGUACCAAGGAUGCAAAUCCAAAAUUACUUUAAUUUCUUUUUUUGUAGUUCCUAUGACGCGGGGUUAUUUUUUUGUUUUGUUUUAUUUAUAAAGCUUUUCUGAGGUCAGCAACAAUAUUCUGGAUUUUGUAAAUGUUUAUUAUGUCCGCAUUCCCCCCCCCCCCCUUUUUUAUUUUUGUUAACUUCUUUGUAUUUUUUUUCUUGUACAUGCAUUGUGGGAUAAUUUUAAUUAAUUUUAGGCGUUACAAGGGAAUUCAGAAAUGUGUAUAUAGUUUACUAAAAAGCAUUUCCUCUGAAAAAAAGGAGAACAAAUAAAAAAUAUAAAGACGA